AUGUCGAGCGCCGACCUUACCGGCCGCACCUUCAGCCUCGCUGAUCGCGAUUCCGAUGGCCGAUUCGCAGAACGUACCAUAGUCGCCUGUCUUAUAGGUAUUGCGUGGUACAAUGCCUUGGAAUUGAUCGUUCUGUGUUUCACAACCUUCAAGCGAUAUGGCGGGUGCUACUUUUGGUGUCUCCUCAUUGCCUCCUUCAGCAUCAUCCCAUUUGGCCUGGGAUACCUCCUUAUCAUUUACAACAUCUACACCAAUUUAUUCCCCGUUGCCAUGGAAUUGGUCGCUUGGGUGGGCAUGGUCACUGGCCAGUCAUUGGUACUCUGGUCUCGACUCCAUCUCGUCUGUCACAACCCCAGCGUCCUGCGCGCCACUCUCGCCAUGAUCAUCAUCGACGCCAUAAUCCUCCAUAUCCCAGGCUCGGUUCUCGAAUUGGGCAGCCACGCAACCAAAUCUACUAUUUUUGAUACCGGAUUCAACAUUUUCGAGCGCAUCCAGCUGGUUGGAUUUUCCAUACAAGAAAUCAUUCUCUCCGUCAUUUACGCCUGGGAGGGCGUGCGGCUCUUGAAUCUUCGCCCCAGAGGCCACUAUAGAGGCACAUUGGUGCAGCUCUUGAUUGUGAAUAUCGCCAUGAUUCUCAUGGACGCAGCCGUUAUAGGAGUUCAGUACUCCGGUCUAUUUGACAUCCAUGUCACCCUGAAAGCCCUGGUCUACAGCAUCAAACUCAAGUUGGAAUACGCUAUUCUGGGCAAGCUGGUUGAUAUCACCGAGAUCGGGGGUAGCAGUACGGAUCCUACCGACCUAUCGGACUUUGUGGAUCUUUCAUUCCACAACAAUGGAACACCUCAACCCGAUAUAGAUGAGGCCCGAUUUGCAGAUAACCUAGAGAACGGUACUCGCACCCGUGUGCGAGUUUCCUCGAAAGGGUCGUCCACUAAUCCGCUCACACGGACUCUCUCUGCUGCACAAACGCCGAGUCUGACAAAUUCGGAUAUUUGA